AUCGUCAACUCUUGUACUUCUAGCCAAACCCACUCACAAUGUUAUUCCAUCUUUCAGUGUUUGCCUUCUUCCUCGUCAUCUGCAUUCUCGCCUUCCGCUUCCGCGCAGCCCUCAUCCCCUAUCUCCCCGAGCGCAUACGCACACGCAUAUCCUCGGCUCACUAUACGCCUCUGCCCACCUUCGCGGCACAGGCCGAGGCCGGCCUCUCGUCCAACAUGUUCGAUAUCCAGGCGCACAACCUCGAUGCGGGCGACUCGCGGUCCGGGUUGGACGAGCAGGGGACACAGGAGGUGCUGGCUAUCAUGCGGAGGGAGCGGGUUACGUUCGACCAAGCACGGCUUAUCAGGCACAACCAGAUCCUGGCGAGGAAUGGGAUUGAUCCUACGGGUAUGCCACUGGACUCCAAGGCUGUGACGAGGCUAUGACCACUGGAACCUGCGUCUCGUCCUAUUUAUGCUGUUCGCUUCUCGUUACUGGGGAUUGGUCGCCUGUGUAUGCCCAUUUCUACUCUAUUACCCGCUGUCGCUCGGCCAUCAUACAUAUCUCGUGAAUUUAUGGACUUCUUCUUUAGCAUUUCUUGGGUUGAAAUGACUGCCGUGCAUUGCUCGACAUACCUGUUCUUAUCACUUUAAGAGAAGGCUUGGCAUAUAUGAUGCAUUUGAACGAUGGCCCGACUGCGUUAACGUGGCCAACUUUCAGCGCCUAGGCACCCACUCACGGGCGCUUAUUUGGGCAGCGUGUUGCGCUCAAGUAUAUAUUAUAUAAUGUGUAAUAUCACAAGAAAUCUAUGCGAC